CAAUCUUUUGCUGAGAUUUUGCAGUCGAUUUAUUUGAUCUGAUAGAUUUUCUUGUUUUUUCGUUUCAGUCUGUAAUAAAGACAGCGUUUUCUUCUCAGUUGAUUCGCAGUCAUGUCUUUGAGACCCAGCGCAAAAACGGAGGUUCGCCGGAACCGAUACAAGGUGGCCGUAGAUGCAGAAGAAGGCCGUAGACGCAGAGAGGAUAACAUGGUCGAGAUCCGAAAGAGUAAGCGCGAGGAAAGUCUGCUUAAGAAGCGCCGCGAAGGUCUCCAGGCCCAACAGUUCGUCGCCCCCACCCCUAAUUUAGAGAGAAGGUUGGAGAGCCUUCCUUCUAUGGUUUCUGGUGUUUGGUCUAACGAUGCCAAUUCUCAGCUGGAGGCUACAACACAAUUCCGGAAAUUGCUUUCAAUAGAAAGAAGCCCGCCAAUAGAAGAGGUCAUAAAUUCUGGUGUUAUUCCUCGUUUUGUGGAGUUUCUCGUGAGGGAGGAUUUUCCACAACUUCAGUUUGAGGCUGCUUGGGCACUCACAAAUAUUGCUUCUGGUACUUCAGAUCAUACUAAAGUAGUUAUUGAUCAUGGAGCAGUUCCCAUUUUUGUGAAGCUUCUGAGCUCAUCUAGUGAUGAUGUCCGUGAACAGGCUGUAUGGGCAUUGGGAAAUGUUGCUGGUGACUCUCCAAGAUGUCGUGAUCUUGUCCUAGGUCAUGGAGCUUUAAUGCCUUUGCUGUUGCAAUUGAAUGAGUUUGCAAAACUUUCAAUGCUUAGAAAUGCUACAUGGACAUUGUCAAACUUCUGCAGGGGAAAGCCACAGCCCCCUUUUGAACAGACUAGCCCGGCACUUCCAGCUCUUGAAAGGCUGAUUCAUUCUAAUGAUGAAGAGGUGUUGACAGAUGCAUGUUGGGCUCUCUCAUAUCUCUCUGAUGGAACUAAUGAUAAAAUUCAAGCAGUCAUUGAUGCUGGUGUUUGUCAACGUCUUGUUGAGCUCCUUCUUCAUCCAUCUCCAUCUGUGCUCAUUCCUGCUCUUCGCACUGCUGGUAACAUCGUGACAGGAGAUGAUCUCCAGACACAGUGUAUAAUUGCACAUGGAUCUCUUCCGUGCUUGCUGAACUUGCUAACUCAUAAUCAUAAAAAAAGCAUCAAGAAAGAAGCUUGCUGGACAAUCUCCAAUAUCACUGCUGGAAACAAGGAACAGAUACAGGCUGUAAUUGAUGCUGGGUUAAUUGGUCCUCUCGUUAAUCUGAUGCAAACUGCUGAGUUUGAUAUCAAGAAGGAAGCAUCAUGGGCAAUCUCAAAUGCCACUUCAGGUGGCACAGACGAACAGAUCAAGUAUUUGGUGAGUCAGAACUGCAUCAAGCCCUUGUGUGAUCUUUUGGUGUGUCCGGAUCCUCGGAUUGUUACAGUAUGUUUGGAAGGGCUAGAGAACAUCUUGAAGGUUGGGGAAGCUGAGAAGAAUGCCGGUCAUACAGGUGAUGUUAAUUACUAUGCACAGUUGAUUGACGAAGCUGAAGGAUUGGAGAAGAUAGAAAAUCUACAGAGUCAUGACAACAUUGAGAUUUAUGAGAAGGCUGUGAAGAUUCUCGAGACAUAUUGGCUGGAGGAUGAAGAUGAGGCGGUACCUUCAGGCGGCGAUGUUUCUCAAUCUGGUUUCAACUUUGGAGGAGGCAAUGUACAAGUUCCAUCUGGAGGAUUUAACUUCAGCUGAAGGAUUAGAUGCUGAGGAAAUGCGAUGUUUGGGGUCAGUGGAGACUAAGAGUACAUGUUGAUGUCAUGUGAGAGGUCAAGGUCAAGGUCCAGGUCAAGUCAAGGUGUCGGGUUGGGCUGCUCACCCAUCUCCAGUUAAGGUCGGGUCGAGUGUCGUACCUCUUUCUUUCUUUCUGACUGAAAGGAGGAGGAGGUGCAAAAGUUGGGUCUCAGUUGCAAGCAGGGUUGUCGAAAUAAGGGAAAACAAGUUGGUUUAUGAAGGCAAAAAUGAGAGAGAAGGAUGGAUUCUCCUUUUCUUCUUUCUUCUUCUUCCCUUUCAUGCUUGGGAAAGUCAUCUUGCUGUGUGAUUUUGCAAUUUCCCCAGUUGCUUGCUGCUGCUGCACCUAGUGUUGUCCUGUUUUUUCAAAUUUUUUUAUUGUCCACUGAGAGUCUAUAUUCUUCUAACUAUGCUGAGAUUGAUGAAUUAUUAUUAUCAUUCUUCUUGAGUAUAUAUAUAUAUAUAAAUUUGUACUGC